AUGCACUCCUUGCGUCAUCGUCCUGUCCUUACAUUUGUAUCUCAUGUCGUCCAAUCCAGAAUCUUUCGAUUUUCUGGAAACCAACCAAGUUUACCCUUUCCCAUUCCCGCGCUGACCAGUGUGCGCUAUACUGUCUUCUCGACAUUAGGUAAUCGCGAAGAAAGACCUUUAUUUAACGGAGAUGACGUGAGCAGUGCCUUUGUGCAAUUACAAGUGGCUGAGCGUAAUCGUUUGAACAUAAGGAUAAUGGACGCAGCUCAACAAAGAACCUAUUUUAGUGAUAUUUGGAACAAGGUUCUUGCAGAUAAGGCUGUUAAAGUAUCUACAAUCGCGCGAUUUUUGCAUUUAAAAUACGAAUUUGAUCAAGAAUUUUCCUAUGAAAGUACGCUAGCUGAUCUCAAACUUCUCGGGCUGAAACCCGAUGCGAUGUUCUUCUCGGUUUUUAUCCGAAGGUCCUGUGAAAGGGGUGACAUGGAGGAAACAAGCUUUUACCUUAAAGCCAUGCAUCAGGAAGGUGCUGUUCCUAACGAUUAUAUAUUCUCCAAAAUUCUCCAUGGCUACGUUAAGUGUGGACUGCCAGAUGAAGUCGCAACAACGCAAGAUGUUAUGUCGAAGCUGAGCUAUUGGCCCUCGAUGAUGGCUACCGAGGAUAUGCUUUCGGCAUACGCUGAUUUAGGUGACGGAAAUGGGGUUAUUGAGCUGCUCCAAGAGACUCUCAACAGGUCAGAAUCAUUGCUUAAUCGCCCUGUUUUCUCACCUCGCUUCCUUGCUGAUCUAUACGCACGCCUCGCCAUGGCGCCCCACUUUGACACUAACGAACAGGCCGCCUCGAUGAUACUCAGUCUAUUGAAGAAAAGGCCCCCAUACUUUGACGACCUCCGACUUGGCAUUGCUCUCACUCGUCUUCUUAGGGCCGGCCACUUUGAUGCAGCUUUUCAAUUUUUAAGGGACACGCGUCCUCACACUUUUUCCGUCUUAUUCCUCUCCAAAAUUCCAGAAUUGCUGGCGGAACAGGACUCGAAAGUAUUAAACGACUUUUGGUUGUCGUCUGGAGCUAUUGGCCGAUUACCUGAAGUUAUCCGCAACAUGUCGAAAGAAACUGCACUUCGGACUCUGGGAGCCAAUCUUCCUUUGCGAACAGAAUUAUAUAACUCAGUUGCCAACGCGGUUGUCUUGAAAGCUGUCAAGGAUAAAGAUGUUGACUUGGUGGUAGAACUCGGAAGGAUUCUUGGUCAUCAGCGUUCCCAUCUUCUUUAUCUCAUUGUCAUUCCUCGUCUUCUUUCGCUAGGACUCGCACCAGCAGAAGCUCUAGCUAAAUUCGAGAGCCCUCUGCUGAAGUCUUGUGUGGCUCUGGGUAUCGUCCUCAACGAACUCUGCGCUCUGCCGAGCUUUCUGAAUCCUCCCAUGCCUGGUAGCAGCCUGAAAAAUGCAGAGAAACUCAUCGUCCAAUUCCAGGACGAAAAGCUUCUCCCCUUUACUUCUUACCUCUCCGUCAACAACAAUUUCAUUCACCUUCUGCUGCGAGGCUGCGUCAGAUACGUAAUCCAAAGUGGUAGUGAUGGUGGAGUGGAUCGGGCGAAGUUGGAGGCCUGGACGAGUGCACUUUUCGCCUGUUUUGGGGCUGAUCGCUACCCCCUACUCGCCAGUACUUUGCUUCGCUUCUGUGGCCAAAGCACAGUCGAUGUGACGGAUUCUACCAUCCCUCGUUUUGCCAAUUUAGACAGGCAGACGAGGCGGGCGCUUGCCAAUGCCUUUGUGGCCUACUUUAAUAGGCAGAAGGUACCAAUCUCUUAUCUAGAUACCAUCAAAAAGAUUUUGAAGGAGCUGGAGUUGUCAAAUGAGUUCAUUGCGGCAUUGAUUCCCGCUGGUAGCGCCUCCAAACAUAGCAUACUUACCGAUCGAAUUAAAGCUGGAGAGAUAGAAGAAGUGACAAUAGAGUUAAAGCAGAUGCAAAAGUCGAUAGCCCAAGAGACUAGCCCUCUUGGGCUCCUUUCCCAAUAUAAUACGGAUCUCCUCGGCGAAGCUUUGGCCGUUUCGAGUGCUCCUCUUGGCACAGAUGCCGUUGAAGGCGCACUCUCAACACCUCGUUUUACGCCAAAACAGUUGGAAGACCUAUUUUGGGCUCUUAUUAAGGUUGCUGGUCUUAAAAGUCCUGCCGUUUCCGCCACGAAGGUCGGUGAACAGUAUCUCAACGCCUCCGAUAUGGACGGUGUUGUGGUUUUCUUGAACAAGAUGGCAGAUCGUUAUCCGCAACACCUCUCCAUCAUCCUCUCACGUUGGUUCAUUAAUAAGGUCGUCCAGUUGGAUGCUAUUAGGGCUCGACAGGUCAUGGAAGAAAUCCUACAAAAGAACAAUGUGACUCUUUCAACAAUGGCCCUCGGCGCCUAUGCAUAUGAAUUGGUUCAAACAAGUGCAAAUGAAGAGAACGCGUCAACACUCGCUCUGGGCGCUAAGUUGUUGUUAAAACGUCUGGAACCCUUUAAUCAUUUACGGAAGAUGCGCAUCGUCCACCUUGCGGUUGAGGAAUUAUGCCAAAAUCACCAAAUCUUCGCUGCUUACGCGCUUCGUGACUGGGCCUGUCAGAUAGGUCUGACAAUACUGCCUCAAACUACCGAGAUCCUUCUUGCAUCCAAAGUCUUUGGUGACUCUGUUCCCCGUAUUCCUGCCGACCUCCUUACUCCCGAUCGUCUGAUCCUGCGCGGAGGCAUCUCCCUCAAUCCCCUGAUUCCUCGACUUCAGGAGGUUAUUGCAUCAGUCAAUUCUGCGACGGAAGACGCGGCUACAGCUUCUGUGAUCGCGGCAAUCGAUACCGCUGCAGAUGUAAUUGCAGAGCAUCCAUUCAUCACAGACCCUAGCGCGGUGGCGCAGUCUCUGCGUCCAAGUGUGUUUAAGAAGACUCAAUUCGUCUUCUGGUCGGCGGUACAUCAGGUCAUUGAAUCACCCGGUAGUCGACUCUCCAUGCCCGAAAACUUGGCUCUUCUGGCUGGCAGACUGGUCGCAGCAGGACAUGAAACUGCUGUCUUGGAGUGGAUCUCCUGUCUCCUACGAAAGGAUACGAUUGCUGCUCUCUGUUGUGGUGGUCUUGCGUCUCCCAAAUCCAGCGCAAAGUUCGUUGAACUACUUCACCGUCGUCCUGACUUGCAAUAUGCCGUUGCGACGAGUCCAGCUCUGACGUCCAUGACCUCGGAACAGAAAGACACAGUUGCGAAGACCUUUUGUGUUCUUGAACGGCCCUACCUUCCUACUCUCGCGCUCGCUCUUUCCAACCGAAAUUUUGAACAAGCACACUUCAUUAUUGGUAAACUUGGGGACGAAGCUGUCCCCAUUUUCGCUAAUUUCGUCAACACUCAGCUCAGCUACAUUCCUUUGAUUGUCGAAGUUAUGAAGGCGAAGCCAUUGGAGGCAAAGAUUGCUUUGGUGAACGAAAUUCUUGACGUAGCAAAAACCUACAAAGCACCGAUACGCCUGGUCUUCAGCCUUCUCGAGGUGGCUGCAAAACCAAAUAUGCAGGAGGAAGAGAGCCCGGAUUAUGACUGCCUCAAAGACCGACUGUCCAUCUCCAAUCAGGUCUUCCUCCGCACCUUCUUGAAAUUACACACUAUCAAUCGUGUCAUAACGGCGGGUUAUGCAACUGGAACGCAGUACUUCGAGUCGAUUUUCCCGGGCACUGUCCAUACUGCUUUACGCGACUCGGUAGUCAAGGCUACAAAACUGGGCAAAAGUCAAGUGCUCUACGAGACACUGCUUUCGAUUCAGAAGUCCCACCCCUCGAAGUUACGAGCUGCGGCGGAAUCUGUGAUACUUUCCCAGUUCCUCACGUCUGGCUAUCGAAAUGCCGUAGCAAUUCUUUUCUCGGCUGCACAUCAGCGAAAUGCCGAGUUACUGGACGCUUGCGCCAGUGCGGCUCUACCAUUCCUCCGCAACGCUUUGGGUGUAGCAUUCAAGGGCCUGGUAGAGAUUUAUCGGCAAAAUGAGGUGGAUCCAGUGAUUCACGAAGCUAUUAGCUUUCAUCGUCUCGGUGAAUUCACAGUACCUGUUGCUCAAUUUCGUGACACACCAAAAAUUGAAUCUCUCUCUUUAAAAUUUGACAAACCUAUCGAUGCUGAUAUUUCCGAUCCUCGAAGGAAUCGAUUAACCACUUGGCUGACACUCUUGCAAGGCAUGUUUGGCAAUAAACUCUCAGCUGAAAAUGCUCGUAUCCUCGUUGACGUAGUUCGAAAGCUCUGGGGUCCUGGUCGAAUUGACCUUCUCCUUUGCCAUCUUGUGGAAAUGCAAGCCAAGGAAUUGGUGGAUCAGGUUAUUGAGAGCCUGCCUCCUGAAUUGCGUGAGAGGCGUCUACCUUUCAAAAUCCUCUCCCGUCUUGUACAAAUUAGCGCCGCCGGUGAUGCUUUCAACAAAGAACAGUUCAGUGAAGCAGUGGGUGUGUUGACAACUUGUCCUCCUCAGAGUCUGACACUUUGUAUGAACGGUCCCCAUGUCGCUGCACUGUUCGCCGCGUGGCCCGAAUCUUGCGUCAAUGAGGGCAUGUUACCUCCUGCUCUGUCUCUCAAGAUCAUCGAUAACACUUUGGGCCGCUCUCAACCGCUUCUACGAUUGCAGUUGGCUGCAGCCCUGAUCCAUCGCGGUCUGACGGAUAAAGCCACCCCCAUUAUUGAGGCGACCGGUCCCCUUCCAUUCAACUACUUGGCAGGAAGUUUUAGUCAUCCACUCAGUAAAUCAGCUUUCCACAAUUCCUUCCAGUACCUUAAGAAACUGGACCUCGAGCAUGUACCCGCUUUUGUUGACGCCAGUCUACGUAAUGCUGUAAUGUCUGCACGCUCCAUCACAUCGGCAGAAACCGUCGUAGAUUUGGUGAAGGCGGCCUUAGAAGAAGCGCCUGCUGAGUUGAAGGAGUACUGUCAACCCUCAACCCUGCGACUCUUACGCGAUGCCACAAAACAGUCGGUGGAGAUUCAGCAAGCACUUUUCAAGAAAACACCUACGGAAAGUGCAAAGUAG